GGUUGACCUGUUAUUCAGCUGACGUCUCACCUGACAACAUAAACAGAGGUAGUCAAGUAUACGCAUGAAGUCUUGUUAUGAUUCGACUGCUUGAAUCAGAUGAAAACCUCAAUGUAAAGAAUUUUAAAGAUAAAAAACAUGGAGACUUCAAGAUCCAGAGUGGGUGAAUUGAAAGAUGGGAGCAGGAAGAAGGGAAAUGGGUUGAAUGGACAGAAGGUACGGGAUAAUGACAACGUUUACGAGCUAGAACUGAAAAUAAGGAUGGGGUAUGGCUGGACUGGAAGCACGGGUGGAAAGAAUGAAAGAGGAACAGAAAAGCAAGGUUUUGGGGGCAGUUCGAAACCAGGAUCUGGGCACCGUUCUAGGGUUAUUUUGCCUGAAAAAGCUCAGCCUGUUUCAAGCACCAGCACCAGUGGAAUAUCAGUAAGCGACUACCUAGUACUUCUAAAGUCACUUCGAAUUGACUUGCCCAAUGGUGUACUGAACCAGAAAGUCAUCAGGCUCUCAGAGGAUGCAGGCAUCAUUCAGAAAGCCCAGGAUGUUGUAAAAGAACUGGAAGACUUCAAGCUUCAGUUUAGUAGCAUUCCACGUCUCGGCUGCCGGGAGCUAAAGAACUCACUGCCAUUGAAAGACAAUGGAAAAAUUCUUGAACUCACAGUGAUGAUUUUCUUUGAAAAAAGAAAAGAUUCAGUGGAAGCUCUAAGAUCGCAGUGGAGAAAGAAUGUAUCAAACGCGAGUUGGGGAUUCAGGUUCAGGGACAAAUACCAGACAAAAGCUAUCUCCACACCCACGAUGUAUGCUACAACACAGACAAGGAGCUGGAGACAUUUAGAAGUUGGGGACAAUCUUGCAAAUAUUUCUGUCGGUGUGACAGUGAAUGUCCGUGACAUUGAGAACAGAGAUUAUGCUGACGAAUCAGCUCUCUGGACAACCUCCUCUUCACAAAAGUUCGGCAAAUAUUUCCAUAACCCAGGAGAUGAACUUGAAUGCCUCAAGUUCUACCAUGAGCUGCGAGAAACUGGUACAAACAUGAGAGUGAGGUACACCAAAGGUAACAAAUUAGACUUUGGGUUCCUCUCUGGAAGACUGGACUUCUUAGCAGAAGGGGAAAAAAGUGAAAAAAUGGUGAUUGAGUGUAAAGGAACCACUGGAGAUAUGGUGGGCAAAGUCUUCACUAAACCAAAAAAUGGUGGUCGUCUUGCACACCUGAAUGAAACACACGAGAACUAUUAUCAAGUUCAGGCCUACAUGUACAUCCUAAACAGGGCAGCAAAACAAACACAAGGCUUCACCUCUGACAGGGCUGUAAUGGUGGUCAGACACUACCACAAGAAUGGACGAGAACCCAGAGAUUUCUACUGGAAUUACCUGAGAAAGAAUGAAGCAAUACAGCAGAAAAUUGAUGAACUGCGUGUUUUCUGUGAAGAAGAGGUUCUGGCCUGUUUCCUGGCUGUUCUCAAUCUGAUCUUCCAGAAAGACACAUAAAGUGAAGCUUUAGAACUUAGAAGAACUUCUAGGAGUUAUGCAGCAAAUUAUCAUUACCACUAUUAUCAUCAUCACCAUGAUUAUGAUUUAUUUCUUCUUUUUAAUGUGAUUUUAAGGACAGUGUGUUGAGACGAACCAACACUUUUUUCUUUCUUCAAAUCUCAAAUCUGACAUUUAGAGAAUUCAGUGUGCAUGUGAAAACAUUAUGUUGCUAAAAUACAAGAAGUACUAGAAUAAGGAACUAGAAAAAUACAUAGUUCUGGUUUUAUUUCUCCAUAGGUCAGUUGUUCACAAAUCAGUCAGAAUUCAUAUAGUUUUGAAUAUAAAGAAAAUACUUUCUGAAAAAAGAAUGUACAAGAUAUUUUUGUUGAUUAUUGAUUAUUGCUGAUAUUUAGGGUCAGUGUUCCAAAUCUUUAAGCUAUUGUGUUUCUAAGCAAAUUGGAGUUAGGAUUUUCCAAAAGGAGUGGGUAAAAACACCCCAUACUUACACUAAAGGUAAUGGACUCUUCUGAUGGGGACAGAAAGCAACCUAAAAACCACCCCAGCAACCGCACAGCAAUGUGCUAACAACAUUCAGAACACCUAGCAACCACAUAGCAACACUGUGGCAAAUGCCACCAAGAUCAUUUACAAGUGGAACUUGCCAAUUAGCUAAUUGCCAAAUUAUCAUUAAACAGUAAGCAAAAUAUACGCAAAAAUGGCAGCCUGAAUUCACUAAUUUUCAUUCACUCCUUCAAGUGGACUAUAUAAGUGGACUGAUACAGGGAUCAGUGAAUGAGAAAACAGUGGAGAUUUUUGGACACAGCAACUGUCUACAGUGGACACGUCAAAGUUUUAAAUCCACUUGUCCUGUUGUCGGAAGUAGCAGAAUCGCACACAGUAGCUACGUUGUAAAUGGAAUGAGUUAAAGAGUUAAAGAAGGUUGCCAAAAGUGUAGCAAUGUAGCUCUUUUUUGUUUGUCAGCAUGGCGAAUUCAUGUGACACCAUAACCAACUUGAACACAAUGUGAAAUCUCCAUGCGGUAAUCCUUUGCCUACAUGCAAAAUUCCUGAUCUUUAUUUGCUAGUAACACAACGCAAUGCUCAUGUCAUGUGUAGAUGGGUGAGGGAUAAAUUCAAUUUAAGAUGAAUAAUUUAGGUUUUAAUGACAAAGGUUGAGGACUUCACAAACUACAGGUUGAGGAACCAUACUGCAGUGUUAUUUUUACAAAUAAAAUGCAUUGUAACAAUUUUACAUGUAAUCACUUUAUAUGACAUCUCCACUGUACAUUUUAAGCAAUAUGUAACUAAAUAGUUUUAAGAUCAGUUAAAGACAAAAAUGAAUAAAGAUUUCUGUCUAAAAGAGGAAAAAAUCUAUAGAUAUUUUUUAGUGUCUGCCCCCUCAAUAUC